CAGGGUGGCAUUCUGUCUCAUUUAGGCUGCACAACAUAGGUCAGCCGUUCCAGCUGGACAGCGAGGUGACUCCGCACCAGCGUAUCCGUCUUCGAGAAACAUAUGCUAUGUACCUGUAGUCGUUUUGACUCAUGAUUCCUAGGUAUCAUUUCCACUCCUUGUAGCUGGUUGCUGUUCUGGCCAGUGAUACUUGUGGCAAAUUAUUCCAUCUAUGGACAGUCCUUGCUUGUAUUCUCUUUGCCGGCGGUACUUUGCACUGUAACACGGGGCCGACAGUUAUGAUCCUCAACUGCAGUUGUUCGAUUUGGAUGUCAUCAUGGCUAUUCCUACAGUUGUCAACGGUAUACUCUGCCUCUGUGGAAAAGUGACUCGACCCUGCCUUUGCAUAGAUGUUUCCUUGCAGUAUAAAGGUGACUCUGGCAAUGACUGGUACCAACAAAUAACUUCUUCAUCCAAGCCUCACUCCCCACAGUCGAAUGGUCUACCAAACUCACCUUAGCCUAAUUGCAGAGAGCGCAGCGAAAUUCGCUUCGAGGCCCGUCUUUAGGGUCCCUGAGCUCUCUGCAAAUGGCGAGGUAGAUGAUUGGAAAAUCAUCACUUAUAGCCAAUUUGCCUCCGAUGUGGAGACCUACGCCAAGUACUGGUCACGUACUCUCGCAGGCGACAGUCUCCCGGCUCGUUCAGUUGUUGGCUUGUGGCUCGGUGGGUUGACCUACAGAGAUGCCGUUCACAUCUACUCGGUCGCCCGUGCCGGAUACAUUCCUCAACUGUUCUCUCUUAGACUUCCUAACCCGGACGUCAUCUUCGAACUCUUGGCAAAAGGAAACGCGAAGGCGCUCAUAGCUGACGCUUCAUUCGAGCCCAUCCUUGUCAAUGCACCUUUGUCCGUUCACAUCGCCUCUGAUGUCUGUGUGGAAGACGUAUUAUCAGUGUCGCUACCACCGUUGGUUGAAGCAACUAAUGGUGAUGACGUUGUCAUGGUCUUCCAUACCUCCGGCUCUACUUCUGGUUCCCCGAAGUUGGUCCCUUGUAGCUUCAAGUGGCUCGACGCCAUGAUUGCCAAAGCGUAUCAUGUUGGCAAACCUAGGAACAACCUCGAACAAGAUUGUACUGUUUGGAUGGGAUCUAUGUCUCACAUCGGACAGACAUGCAUGUUGCUUGGUUCGCUUCAGCACGGUUCAUGUACAAUCCAACCCACCAAGAUCGCCUUCAGUUCUGACGAGUUGAUCGACAUGAUCACCCGUUGUCGACUCAACCGUCUUAACCAGUUCGCUACCUUCCUCGCCAUGCAUCUCCGUAACUCGAAGCAGGACACCAAGCUGCUGAACUUCCUUACUGGACUUGAUGAAGUCCUGUAUUCAGGGUUGGCUUUGCCUAGGGAAGAAGAAGACUGGGCGUACAACAACGGUAUUCAUCUGAAGAAUUUGUUCGGAAGUACCGAGUGUGGUGCGAUGAUGCUAUCUGUUGGGGAACAAGGGGACGAUGCACGGUACCUGAAGCCUAUCAAUGGAACAUCAUACGGCUUCUUCCCCAUCGCUCCUGAAACACAGAACAUCAACGCUCGUUUGUUAGAGCUCGUCAUCCUCUCCGAAUCAGGAGAUUGCCCUGACCCGUCGCUCCGUGCUGCCGACGGCCACUUCCACACCGGUGAUCUGUUCAUCGAAGCUGCUCCAGGGUGCUACGUGUCUCGUGGACGAGACGAUGAUUGGAUCAAGUCUGAGAACUCCUUGCGAUGUGAUACGAAGGCCAUCGAGGAUAACGUUCGUGCCACGUGUGGAGAUCUCAUCUCGGAAUGUAUUGUUGUAGGAAAUGGGCGACCAUCUCCUGCGCUCUUCGUUGAGGCGAAGGAUGAUACAUCAGAGGAGAAGUUGAAGAAGCUGAUCCUUCGUCGCACACGGCACUUCCACUCUCGACGUUACCUCCAUGAGCGUAUCACUUCGCCAGAGUUCAUCUUCGUCGUGCCCAAGAAUACCCUCCCUCGAACCGCUACGAAGGGAAACAUUCGUCGUCGGGCUGUUGAGGAAGCCUUCCGAGAAAAGUUAGAUGCUGUUUAUGGCAUGUCCUUCUGAGCAGGAACUCUGAGAUUCAUCUAACUUAUUCUCUUCGCAUUUAUUCUUUUGUUGCAUGGCUGUGUUAUUUCAUCAAUCAUCUUUAUCGCAUACCACUAUCUCGAUACCAUAGGGACAAUUUGAACAUUUCAGAACUUGUUUUGUAGCUGUAGUUAAUUAUUUUAUCGGUUUGUAGGGGAACUGUAUAUGUUACACAGACACAUUGACAAUAUAUGCUUUGUGUC